GUACCUGCAGGAGGUGGGGUACACCGACACCAUCCUGGAUGUGAAGUCUCAGCGAGUGCGAGCGCUGCUCGGUCUGACCGGAGACUCCGGAGACAGACCUUCGGAGAGGAGAGGCGAACUGAUGGUCAACGGCACGGAGACGUCCUCCCCGAGGGACAGCGCCAUGCUCAGUAAACCGGAGAUGUCGGACUCGGCCGGCGUGCUGGAGGCCUUUAAGUUCAUAGAGAGCGCCGCGGCGGAGUUCAGCGAUGAGGACGAGGACGAGGACAGCCAAGGACGGGACAGGACCGCCUUAGACGUGGCGACGAUGGUGAGGAAGAAACAGCCGUCCACGGCGUCUUCGUCGGCGUCUGAGCUCAGCGACGACCCCGACACGGAGGAGGCUCUGAAGGGUUUCGACUUCUUGGCGAGUCCCGACGAGAUGGACGGCUCGCCGGAGUACCGGAGCGGAGAAGACAGCGGAGAGUGGGAGAAGGAUGACCUGUCCCCUGGGGGGGAACUGUCCUGGGACGUGGACCAGGGGCUAAUCGCCCAGCUCAAGGAGCAGUACAGGAAGGAACGCAAGGGCAAGAAGGGGGUGAAGAGACCAAACCGGUCCAAGCUGCAGGACAUGCUGGCUAACCUGCGGGACGCCGAGGAGCUUCCCUCCAUGCAGCCGCCCGUAACGCCCCCGUCCCGCCCGCCGGUCCCCAGACUCAAUGAGCACGAACUGGGACGCCCCGAAGACGAAGCGAUGACCUUCCUGCCGUCGUCGGGGAAGUCCUUCAUCCUGGGCCGGGUGGACGAGGCGGUCUCUAACGAGCUGGGACUGGGAGAACUGGCCGGGCUCACGGUCGCCAACGAGGCAGACAGCCUGGCGUACGACAUCUCCAGCAGCCAGGACGCCCUGAGGAAGACCUGGAACCCUAAGUUCACCCUGCGGAGCCACUUUGACUCGGUGCGGAGCCUGGCCUUCCACCCGGUGGAGCCGAUCCUGGUCACCGCGUCCGAGGAUCACACCCUCAAACUGUGGAACCUGCAGAAGACCGCGCCCGCCAAGAAAUGUGCUGCUCUGGACGUGGAGCCCAUCUACACAUUCAGAGCUCACAGCGGCGCCGUGCUGUGCGUCACCAUGAGCUCCAGCGGCGAGCAGUGCUUCAGCGGCGGCGUGGACGCCACCAUCCAGAGCUGGAACACCCCCAACCCCAACAUCGACCCCUACGACUCAUAUGAGCCCUCUGUCCUGCGGGGGCCUCUGUGCGGUCACACAGACUCGGUGUGGGGUCUGGUCUACAGCUCGGCCCACCAGCGCCUCCUCUCCUGCUCCGCCGACGGGACGGUCCGGCUGUGGAACGCCGCCGACACCUCGCCGUCUCUCGCCGUCUUCAACCACAGAGGAGGUGAGACGCUCGCCACCUGUGUGCGUUAGCCGGCAGGAGAACGAUCACAAAGUACCAACACCACGCUGUAACAAUACUCUGGUACAAGUUAGAGUACUAAUACCACGCUGUAACAAUACUCUGGUACAAGUUAGAGUACUAAUACCACGCUGUAACAAUA